CUGUAUGAGGGGCGGCGUGUGUGUGAACAGACAGCCUAGCGGUAUUUUGUUGUGCUUGACGGUACAAAGGUUGUGAGAAGCACCGCCUGCUGCCCCUGAUGCUGUGGUCUUGGUCUGUGCUACAUAAGACUGUGUGUGUGUGUGUGUGUGUGUGUGUGUGUGUGUGUGUGUGUGUGUGUGUGUGUGUGUGAGUGUGUGUCCUCACUUGUAUAGUACACAUUGUUUGUCUGUCUGCAGUGCACAGCGCAUGGCUGCACGCGCCGACUGUACCCUUCUGCCCCUCUUCUUCAUUGCAUUGGCAAGAGUUAUCUUGGUAGAUGCGACAUGCGGCGAUAAACCUAUACAGACGAACCAUUCUAGAUAUUUCCGUAGCGGACCCUACAGACUGUCGGAAGUACUUAUUGUGGAAAGCAGAGCAUAUAAGAUACCGACGAUCCAAAGUGAGUGUGAAGAUGGUGAGCACUUAGACUCCCACGCGAGGAAGUGUAGCAGCACGGCGCCGUGCAUGACGCUGUGCAAGAACGUGGUGGACGAGAACGGCUGCAUCGACCCGUACACGUGCCAGGAGACAGGCUUCUUCCCCAAAUGCAAGACACAGUGCCUGAGGGAAUACUACCACUGUGUGGAUGUCAAUGAUGACUACGCCCCGACGGAGACGUGCUCCGAUGACCUUGUCUUCAACCCUGACACUCUGCAGUGCACCAAGACUGAGUCGUGUCCGUACAGUCACCAGUACGUGCCUCGUGGCCCUGUACCCGCCUAGCUGCUGCGGUGCCACCUGUCUCAAUAAACAGUGUUUCACUCUUCCUUUUU